AUGACUCAACAGAUGCAGAACCUGCAGCUGUCCCAAACCAGGAAGUGCUCGGGAGGCCCUGCCUCUCCCAGCGCUGCCAAGCGCCUGUACAGGAACCUAUCAGAGAAGCUCAAAGGUGGCCACUCCUCCUUUGAGGAUGCCUACUUCUUCGGCCGUGGAGACCGCCACGGUCAUCGCAAGGGCUCGGUGAGUUGGGAAUUCAUGCAAGGUAGUGAGUGUCUGUUUGAGGCGGUGGAGCAGCAGGAUCUAGAUGCUGUCCAGAUCCUUCUCUACCAGUACACAGCUGAGGAGCUGGACCUCAGCACACCCAACAGCCAAGGGUUAACACCGCUAGACAUCGCCAUCAUGACCAACAACACCCCCAUAGCCAAACUACUGCUGAAGGCCGGCGCCAAGGAGAGCCCUCACUUUGUCAGUGUGGAGAGUCGCGAGGCCCACCUCGGCAGCCUGGUCAUCGAAGCAGAGAGAAAGGCAGGGGAGCUGGCUGCCCAGGCCCAGAGAGAGGGUCUCAGCCUGGAGGCCUGUGACAAAGACAAGCAGCUCCGAGCCUGGGAGUGGAGGAGCAAGCUCUACAAACGCAUGAGGACUGGUUUCCAGCAUGCACGUGUGCCGGAGCCGCCGUCUGCAGUGGGUCUGUGUGUAACCAGUAGCUCCUCUCUCACAGUUACCUUCCAGGAACCCCACUGUCUCAAUUCUGCUGUGGUCACCAAGUACAGAGUGGAGUGGAGCUGUCUAAAGGAUUUCUCAUUGCUGGCCGGAGACAUGAUGUUGGAAAACCUACAAACGCUCAAGUGUACCAUCAACGGCCUUACCAUGGGGAGGCUGUACUAUGUUCAGGUGUCAGCCUACAACAUGAGAGGUUGGGGUCCACCUCAACAAUCUCUACCCCCCUCUGCUGCACCUUCCAACUGGAGGGAGAGUGAUGGUCGUGAGCCCAGGAGAAGAGGGCACAUAGAGGCUAUGGAGCGCUUGCUGCAACAGGUCCGCGCUACACACACACACUACAGCUGCGGAGACACAUCAAAGCUCCAGAACCCAAGCCGUAAGCAGUCCGUCUCCAGAAGUCUCAAGCACCUGUUUAACUCUUCAAACAAGUUCGUGAAGACACUCAAAAGGGGGGUUUACCUGGCGGCAGUGUUUUACCACAAAGACAGUGUUCUGGUGACCACAGAGGACCAGAUCCCUAUAGUGGAGGUGGAUGACUCCUACGGCAGCUCUCUCAUGCAGGACUUCCUCUGGUUCACUAAGUUGUCAUGUAUGUGGGAGGAUGUGCGGUGGCUGAGACAGAGUAUGUCUGUCUCCAUGUCCUCCUCCUCCACUCUACAGGCCAGACAGAAGAUGCUGUCUGCUGCCGGGCAACUACAGAAUCUGUUAGGCACACACAACCUGGGGCGUGUCCACUACGAGCCCAUCAAGGAUCGUCAUGGUAAUGUAUUGCUAUUGACGAUCAGGGACAUGGAGAGCCAGUACUCCUUCUUCAAUGGGAAGUGGAUGCAGGUGUCCAAGCUACAGAGCCAGAGGAAGAGUCUGUCCACACCUGAGGAACCCUACGCACUGGACAUACUGAUAAUAACCAUACAGGACAUCUUGGCCUACCAGAGGCGUAGCCAGCAUCGCCUGGUCCCAGGUCUGUACCUGGGCUACCUGAAGCUCAGCAGCUCUGUAGACCAGAUCAGGGUGCUGGUGCCACAGAGGAUGCCCAACAUGCUGUGUCACGCGCGGGUACGAGACAACGCCAAUGUCUCCAGGGAGGAGUGGGACUGGCUGCAGAGACUGUCAACCCUAGAGGAUGGAGAGGAGAGAACGGCGGGAGAGAGAGAGGGAGCAGAUCAAACGACAGACAGUAACACACCGCUCCUCUACUACGAGCUACAGACUUCCCUCAAGGCCCUGCUCAAACUCAUCAACCUACCUCUGCACCAGGCCAAGCACUUCCGUAUCUACACUCACGAGGUGUUGGAGCUGGGUCAUAAUGUUUCCUUUCUGCUGCUGCUGCCGGCAGCUGACGAUGUGUGUACCGCUCCCGGACAGAGCAACCCCUACACUCCCCACUCCGGCUUUCUCAACCUCCCUCUACAAAUGUUUGAGCUGGUCCAUUUCAGUGCGUACAAGGAGAAGUGCAUCAGUCUGUACUGCCGCAUGUCAUCUGUCUUGGACCUGGAUGCACUUAUUACCCAGCAGGCACUGCGAGAGGCCAUAAUGGACACAGAGGUUGCCACUGCCAAACAGAGACACCAACAUAUACUGGACUACAUACAGCAACUGGAUGAGAUGUGGCGGGAGCUGCGUUGGAUCACUGAUGCCCUGCAGUGUGCCCGCUACAAGCAGCCCCGUGGCGGUGUGCCCAUCACCAGCCUGGUCAAUGCCAGCGAGCCUGAGUCAGACCAGGGGGCACAGAAGAGUGACUCAGCAUCCUCUACCAUGGACUAUCUACCCACACCAUCACCAUCACCUGAGCUACGGCGCAGGAAGGAUGUUAGUGACUCCCAGCUGGGGUCAGAUGAGGACGGUUGUUCAGAGGUGUUCCUGCCGACAGACAGUGACUACGACUCCAGCGAAGCCUUGUCCCCACGCGAGCUGGACCUGCUCUACUCCCCCCCACAGGACCUAUCCCAGCAGGCCGUGCACGCCCUGGGAGGCAGCGCUCCCGACGUACUACAGAUACACGAGCUCAGAUACAAGCUCAGGUACAGCAUCUGCCAGCCCAAAGACCUCGCUCUCUCCCCCGCCUUCCCCCUCUCCCCAGGCCCAAUCCUCUCCCCCGCCCCACCCCUCUCACCUGCCCCCAUCUUCCCUGAGACCACUCUAUCCUGCUCCAAAACCCUGGAGGGUCUCUCCCUCUCCAAGACAACCCAGGACAAGCACUCCUUCACCCCGUUGCAGCCGCUUGCCAACCCCCCAACCAAGCGGAAGCUGCUGUCCCGGAGCCACGGGGCCACUGGGGCCCAGGUGGGUUACUUCAGCGGGCCCCAGCGGUGGCUCAGGGGCCACAGCGACAGCCACACAGGGUCCCUGUCCGAGGGGGUCUAUACCAGGCAGAGGGACCCAGACCUGCCCACCCUGCCCCUGAAUCUCCCAUCACCUCAGGAGGAGAUAUAUGCUAGUCAUGCUUCCUGUGUCCUGGAGGGCCGGAGGGGGGGACAGAGGGAGCCCAGGCCCCAUAUCAGGACUAUCUUUGUGGAACCGUGUAAGGAAACGUCGCCUGAGAACAGGGGCUUUGACUACAUCUUGGAUCUGUUCCAGCUGAUAGUUUUUAAUGGCUGUCAAUGUCCUGUGCCCACGGCGAUAGAGUACAAUGGAGUAACGCAACAUCUCAAAGGCCUCCAGAUAUCAACAUUGGGCUGA